AUGUCUUUGUUGGCGCCUGCCCAUCAUUUUACGACUUCUCAACCUCACUACACUCCUCCAAAAUCCAAUUCGCCAACCCAAUACACCUGGCAGGAUGGAAGCUUGUUCUCACCGAAGGUUCAACAACAAAGAGAAAUUGAAGCCCAACUUGUUGAUUACAUUCAGGCAAGUGUUUUUUUGAUUUUUUCCUUAUAACUUUAGGACGAAGAAUCAUUUUGGUCUUGAUGUUUAAAUCUGUUGUAGACUUUCUCUCCGUCUUUUCAGAAGCAGUGCCAUGUAGUCGAUUCCAACUCUCCUCGCUCCAGGCUUUCCAAUCUUUCAUCGUAUCCACAAGGCCAGUUGAUUUUCGAUCUGCUCGCUGGCCGAGCUGGUCAUUCCAUGGCGCCUAAGGUUUCUCCUGAUCUCAGUCGUCCAUAUUGGUCCCAUUCAAACAGUUACGUUACUCCAAUCGGAGAACCAUCGUUGAAGACGUUGGCCAGAGAAAUGGAGAGCAUGAGGACUCCCAGACAUGGGGAUUUCAAGCACAGUUCCCGUUCUAUGGGGCCAGGCAAGACGCUGCGUAAGUUUUUGUUAUAAUCUUACUGCUGUUCGGUGAUCAUUGACGAAUUAUUGUUAUAAAUUAUCAAGAAAUGACUAGUACAAUAUAUCACACUUGAAUUUUUCAAGUUUCAGUCGGAUCUGCAACGUCCACUCGUUCAAGCAGCGGCCGUGCUCCAUCUCCGAAUUGUCGUGUCACGGACGAUGAACGUGAACGAAUGAAGGCCGAGCAGCGUCUCUAUGACAAGGUGAAGACCGUCCUCUGUACCCAGUAUAUGAAGAUUGGAAGAUGCGACUACGGAAGGAAUUGUCGUUUUGCUCAUGGUUAUGCGGAGCUUAGACUGAGAAAGGUAAGAAUUUAAUUUUUGUUUUCAUGCACUUUAGAUACUGUUUGUUCACAACCUGAAAAGGAGACUGAAAAGCUGAACUAAUUUUGGUUGUUUCAGGUUCCAGCCAACUACAAGACCGUUCUCUGCCAGAACUUUGAGCGCGAUGGCUUUUGUCGUUACGGAAAGCGCUGUCAGUUCAUCCAUCGCAACGGUGAUAACGCGGAGCAAGGAGAUGUGGACUUCACUCAAGUGGACGAUGCUGUCGUCAUCACUUCCGAAUCGGCGAAGAAGGGCAAGUACCCCUGCAUUGGAUCUUUCCAUCGCUCCAACUUGCGUUGA